UUUGUUUCUGCUCCGAAACACUGAAACUCUGCUCUUCCUCUUUCUUCUCCAUUAUCUGCAACUUAUUAUAAUGCGCAAGCCAAAAGCUUCCGCCGUCUCUACUGAGCGGCAAAAUUGGGAGAAAGUUUUUAAUGGGAUGGUUCACAUGUUACGCUCUCAGCAACAGCAGCUCCUGUCCCUAGCCAGCGAGCGCAAACUUCUUGAAGAUCGCAUCCGAAUGCUACACGAUGGAUGGGAAUCUGAUACUCGUCUUUAUAGGGAUCAGAUUUCUGAGAUGAAGGGGAUUUUAAUUUUUGAAGAGAAGAGGCGACUGCUAGACGAUGUGAAAGCAGAUUUGUUACUGAGUUUAAAGCAGAGAGAGGUUUCUGUUGUUAAUUAUAUUUUAGAACACCAAGAGGAUGAGUUGGCUGAUUUUAAAGCUUGGUUUGAAUUCCUUUCUCAGAAGCUGUCCAAUGCAGAAGAACAAGGAAAACUAUGUGAGGAUACUGCUGGCAAGAGAAAGAAAGGGACCACCGACAGUGAGAGCAGGUCUGUUCGGAGGAAGUCUAAUAGGAACAUGCCACAAGAAGAGGACUGCUCCAACCAAUUGGAAGCUGAACUGAGAAGGUUGAAGCAAGAAUAUGAGAUUGCUCUGGGAAAUAAUUCUAAGGUAUCAGCACUCUCGGCAGAAAAGAAAUUUGUAUGGAACCAAUAUAAAGUAAUGGAGACUGAAUACAUGAAUAAAUUAAGGAGUAAGCAUUGUGAAUUGGAACAAGCAAAUGAGAAGAUACAGAAACUUGUUUCCAGUAUGGAGCAACUACGGUCAGCGAAGGAUGAAAAGGAUGAGACUAUUGCACAGUUAGAAAGCAAAGUGGGUAACAUGGAAGAAGAAAGAAAGAAUUUAAAUGAAAAAUUAUCGAAGAUUUCCGAAGAGUUGGAAGCAUUAAGGAAGUUCAGGAACGCUCUAGUCACUCCUAUUUUAAAUCCCUGCACUGCAAAAACUGAAGGUUCUGGCUUAGGAUGCAAUAGGAGGAGUAGUACUCGUCUCAGGAAAGAAUUAUCUGUUCCUAAGGUCACUGGUCCUGCAACAAACUCUGGAAAGGAUAACAAAAGCUUGAAGAGGAAAAGGGGUCCAGUUAUUCCGGAUUCCGCGACCCCAAAAUUGUUCUCUUCCGAUUUCAAGGUUCCAAAACUGAAAAGCCUUUCUCCAAGCGUCAGAUGAAAUCUGAAAUUGCCAUUAUGCCUUUUUUCCGUUUAAAUUGGGGGAAAAGUCCAGCGUAGAAGCAUGUAGUUUUGUUGUAUAAUCAUUCUUUGAUGACCCAUGUCUAUGUAAUGUAAAUUAUGUAUGAGCCUAUAGUUUGGAACUGGUUUGUUCAUUGGUAUUUUGAUAUGCUUGGUUAUUUAGGUGAUUUUUGGGUUUGUGGCUCCAGCCUGAUGCCAACAACCCUUAAGUCUCGUUGUGUAUACUCAAGACAUUUGAUUAUGAAAGAAAGCAAAUUCAUGAUUGUGAAUGAAAGCAAAUUCUUUUGGGA